GGGAGCAACCCUUUUUAAUACGGUUGAUAGCGAAUUUAGUUUGAGUUCUAUUUAUAUUUUGAGCAAAACGAUUCCUCGGAUUAAUGAGAAAUUGCAUCUUCUUCAAAAAACUUGGAAGAACCGGUUAGCAGUUGGAAAGGUUUUAUCCAACCCUUACCGACCAUCAUAAUGAUAAAGAGAUGGUGAAAAUACCCACAAUGUCCCCUUCUCCCCUCUUCCACUGGCCCCUCCUUCGGUUCUUCCCCCGAACCACCACACGCAGUAGAGAGAGAAACUGAAGCUAGAAAGGGAAGAGAUCAUAGGGUAAGAUCUUCCCACGAUCGUCAUAUUUUCCAUGACGUUACUUGUUUAAUUUUUCAUCCAUAAAGCAAGCCCUAGAUCUUCUCCAACAAUAGAGAAGAAGAUCUAAUCUUUUUCUUCUUUGACCUGGACGAUGCGGAGUGGCAGAACACCUCCACAGUUUAAGCAGUCACCGGAGGAAGAUCCCGGUGUCGGAGAAAUCAACAGAUCCGGUGGAUCCAAGGAGAUCAGGUUCAGGGGAGUGAGAAAGAGACCGUGGGGAAAAUUCGCGGCUGAGAUCAGAGACCCUUGGAAGAAAACCCGUGUAUGGCUCGGGACCUUUAACUCGGCAGAGGCCGCUGCUCGAGCUUAUGACGCUGCUGCUCGUAAUCUCCGUGGUCCAAAAGCCAAGACCAACUUCCCGUCGCCUUCUCCUCCUCCUCCUAUUCAUCUAUCUCCUUAUCAAAACAAUCAAUUUAACCAUGGGCUAAGCGAUUCAUCAUUCGUCGAUCAACAGAUGUUCCCGCAGGGUCAUCCUGUUAUCUCCCAGAGGCCGACAACCAGCGGCAUGAGUAGCACGGUGGAGUCCUUCAGCGGGCCACGGCCUCCCCGGCUUCCCACGGCUGUAGCGCUAGCUUCUCGUCCAUUAGUAGUUCCAUACGAUUGUCACAGCGACUGCGAUUCUUCCUCUUCCAUUGUUGAUGACAUGGACUGCGACUAUAUUGCAUCUUCUUCCAGAAAGCAUUUGCCUUUCGAUCUGAACAUGCUCCCGGCAGAGGGAUUAGAGGAUGCCAAAUCCUACGAUGAGCUUCCAUGCACAGCUCUUUGUCUCUGACUGUGAACGGUGGUGAAUCUUCAUUGUAACCAAUUCGAUCUCCUAAUUUUACUUUUACUUUAUUUCACGAUCUCCUAUUUAUGGAAAGGGAAGAGGGGGGAAAGCAAGAAGAAGAAGAAGAAGAAAGUGGGAUAUAUUAGGGCCAAGACUGAAUCUUUGUUAUCAUAAUGAAGGUUUAGAACAUCAAUGGGGUUUGUCUUUGACAAGCUUGCUGUUUGAACUUUGAAGUGGAUUUUUCAUGCUGAUUAAUUAACAUGGCUGUAUCACAUAGCUGAUGCAAUAUGCGUUUUAUGUUAUGGUGAUGAUCUUUGUGGAAUGAUAACCAUAUGUCAGAGUAUCCCUUUUAGUAUAGUAAUUGUAUUCACGUUUGCCCGAUUCUUCUUACACUAGCAUGAGGUGUGUGUUCAUAUGCUCUUUAUUGAUUGUCAUGUAUGUUGUGUCUUUAGCUUGAUGACAUCUCUGCUUUUACUCCAUAAAUGAGUGUGAUCGGAGUAAAUGGUCAUAGUAUUUUACUUUGCAUCUGCAGCGAUUAAUGUUGCAUACACAUUUUUAAUCAUUAUAUGCUGUGCUUGCGUGCGUGGUGAGAGAGCUUUGACACGUGGGAAUGGUUCUUGGUAAAUAGGCAGGCUACUGAACCACAUUUUACAUCACUUUUGACAUCGGGGCAAAUAAGAAGUGUUAACACACAGCUGGGAAUGGUUCUUAGUAGAAGUUAGUUACUAACUAAACUGAUUGUCUUAUACUGACUGUUUCCGUCUGCAGCUGAGUAUCUUACAGUAAUUAAGGUGCCAGUUUGUAGUCGAAGGCUUGUUCUUUUUUCGGGCAGAUCAUGUAGCACUUAUUAUGUAUGUAUCUUGCUGAGAUAUCUGUGCUAGCAAAUCUUUUUUCUGUCAGAAAAUUCAGGAAAGUAACUUGUAAAAGGAGCCAUAAAGCUUUUUAUGAUAUAGUAAAUUUGUUAGCA